AUGGAAACUGACGAACCAAUUAUUCCAUCUGCUUCGUUUGGAAAACGUUCAAUGGGCUACAAACGUCAAGCACCAAGAAAGCAUCAGGUCUGGCUUCCUGAGAUUCCAUCGAUGGAAGGCUUUACAAUCGACAACAAAGAAAUGCUCAUGAACUUGAUGGAUACGGUCAAGCUGCGAAUGGAACGCCGGGAAGCAUUCAAUGAUCAGCUUGAGACACCAGUGUCGAUUUUGCGAAAGAAGCUCAACCACAUGCAGCGGGAAAACACGGAGACUUUGAACAAGCUCCGAAUCCUUGAGCCGCAGAAUGAAAAACUGGAAGGCGAUAACGAGCGAUUGAGCAAGGACAAUCGACGCCUUGAGAAGAAAAACCGAGCGUUGAUGGAAGCUCAGCGGGUUUACGAACUAGACAAGAAGGAGACUGAAGCCGAGAUGCAGAUGAUGUCGAGCAAGCUUGAAAGCGAAAACAGAACCAAAAAGGCGAUUGAAAUGAACGCUAAGCGCCAGAUUGAAGAUGCCAAGCGCAAGUUGGAGUUGGAAAACUCAAGAAAAGUUCGAGAGCUUGAGGAGAAAUCAAAAGCUCGUAAGGCUGCCCAGGAAGAAAAAAUGAAGCAGCUAAAGAGCAUUCUCUUCCAAAACGCGCCAAGAACUCCAGCAGUCAGCACCCGGGGUGAUACAAACACAAUGGAUUACCAGCAGCAUUUGGACGCAGCUCGACUUGAACGAAAACGGACCAAUUCUGAAACGAAAAAGCAGCCAGCGGAACCUCUUGAGGCUCCUGUCAAAAGCCCUGGUGGAAACUCAGGAUUCUCGCUCAAGGGCAUCACCAAUGUUCGCUCACCAGCCGGUAGUGAGACAAGUGUCCUCAAGCAAUUGAGAGGACGCAAGGGAAACUCUCGCAGCUCGCUCAAUCCCCGAAACGAGACAACGCAGAAUAUUGCGGUUCGACGUCGUUCACGAUCAGCUGACAAGUGUCGAAUGCUCGCUCAUACUCCGUCUGAGACGGAAGUGCAAGGAACCAUUCAUCAGAAUCCUGUUACCGCGAAACGCACUGGAUCUGACUCGAGCGUUGCCUCGAAAAUUAUGAAGGCUCUCUCCGCCAAAUUCACCAAGAGCAAGGACGCCAAUCGAAAGAACGUCAAUGUGCCGCAAUUCGAAGAUCUCCUCAAGGUCGAGAAUUAUCUUCUAACUCACCAGGAGGCUAACGCAAAAACAAAAGAAACCACUCUCCUGAAAGGCGACGUCCUCGGCACCAGAACUGGCGGUACUCAAGUUCGCUUCACUGGACUCGAGAAGCUCGUUUCCGGAUUAACUCCUCGAGCUGGCGUUGAAGAUGGAGGUGCAAUUUCAUCAGAAACUGAGUCCGAGUCAUUUUCGCAGACUGACCUCGCAGUUCGCUGCGACCGGGCAGUUAUUCACGAAGGGGGCGCGCCAACUGCUCAGAUUACUGGCGGUGCUAACAACAGAAGAUUCACCCAAAGCCAGACAAGCAUCACGAUGGUCGACCAUACCACCGAAGACUUCCCUCGACCAGAAGAGCUUCCCUUCGCCACUUCCAUCAACAGCCGAACAAGUGGUCAAAGUCGACGGAGACAAAACCAGUCGAUGGAGUUCUAA